AAUUUUUAAUUAUUUUAAAAAUCUAAUGCACGAGUUCUCACCAUCGCAUAAUUAUAAGGGUCUCUAAUUAUAACCUGUAAUAAUCAAGAUCGCUGUUAGUGGAUUUAGCAGAAUAACGGCAUAACAUAAAUAAAUAGUAUUAACAAUGUUGGAUUCGGCAGUGGCGCACUACAUGAUUCCUGCGCCGAUCGCAGUAUUAGUGUUCCAACGGUAACUUUUUAUACAUGAAGUCAAUUUAUGUUAUCCAACCACUAGAAGACACGUCCUCCAAAAUAUGACCCCAGCGGUCUUUCUUUUUUCUUGAUCUUCACCUAAACUAUAAGAAGAAUGACUCAACCCAAAGUAUCCAAGAAAACCAAAAAAGAUCAGAAACAACAAAAGCUAAGAAAGUAAACAAAGAUGGUGAAGCAAAUAAGUCUAGAAGAAGAGAAGGAGAACUGUCCUCUUAUAACAACAAAAAUAGUUGAAUACUUGCAACCUGUAAUGUGUCAAGAGCUACUCUGCAAGUUUCCAGACAACUAUGCAUUCGGAUUCGACUACACGCAGAGCUCUCUCUGGUCUCCUCUCUUGCCUCGAAACUACGCAAGCCCUUCCGAUCUGAACUCCGACAGUUGCGUUUGUCGUAACCUUGAACUCGGAGAGUUUCAAGAAGGCAAGAAGAUGAUGAAGAUUUCAAUGAACAAGAAAAUGAAGAAGAGUAAGUUAGUGAAACUAGACAUGUCUUCGAUAAAGAAUGAAGAUUCUCCCAAUAGCGGCUGCUUUCCUUUUCAUACUAAGGGAUGGGAUGGUGUGUUAAAUGCAGCUUCAAAACACUUCAAGAAGUCAAAAAAGAAGAGAGAUUCAAUCGCUGAUGUCAAGCUUCUCAACUUCUGCAAUUGCUGAAAUUAUAUAUAUCCCACUUUA